GAAGCACCAAUAAUUGCGCAUGAAUCCUACCAGAAACCAACUAAUCCAAUAUCAGCUAAGCCUAACACCAAGAAAACAAAUAAUAUUUACAGGCAGGAACAGAGGAAACAAAUCUCAGAGAGAGAGGGAGAGAUGCUCUCUUUCUCGGAUCUCUCAAUGUUCUACCAUGAAACAAGACUCUAAUGAUCAAUGAUACAUUUCUUCUAUACAUUGCCUAUUCUUCCAUUUCAGACCACAGUGUUUUUCUUCUCCUUAUAGAUCCUUUCUCCUUCAUCUUCUGCAUAAAUAUUGUGAUGAGCCGCGCUCGAGCAUUUUCAUCUCCAGACCUUGCGCCUCCUCCUUCCACAAGUCAUAUCGAAAUGCCAGAAGAGUGUUCUUUAGAAGGUAUCGCAAGCAAUAUAAAGCUGCUACUGAAACUAAUCCAAGAUCACAGUGAGGCAAGCACAAAAGAACAUGAUGACCGAAAGGUGCAAAGGGUGGCCGGAAUGAUAAAGAUCAUCGAUGAUGCUAAAUCCCGGAUUGAAAAAUGUCAAUCUAGUGGCAAGAAGGAGCUCAGGCGGUGCAACACAGAUCUUAGGCCUAAUGCACCAAGGGUCAACAAAACGUCCAAUGAACCGAUAACCGAUGAGAAAGAAAGGCUAAGAAAAGAGCUCAACGCGAGCUUGGCGGCGCGGAAGAGCCUUGAAAUAAUGUGUUCAAGUUUGGGGAAGGAGAAGGAGAUUAUGGCGUCGGAGCUUUCGAAAAAGGUUCAAGAAUUGUGUGGAAUGGAGGAACUUAUCAGUGAUCUCAAAGCUCAAAACGAGAUGUUGUUGCGCAAAGUACAGACAUGUGUGGAAGAGCACAUAGAGAAGAAGUGUAAUAGGGGAGAGGCGGCUCAGGGGAAUGCAGGCCUCCAUGAGAGAAACAGAGCACUUUCAGAGCAACUGCUGAAGUCGCUUGACGGGUAUCGAUCCUUGAAGAGGAAGUUCAAAGAAGCCAAAGAGGAAAACAUUGGAAUUCUUGCAACAAUGGAGGAAAUGGGGAUGGGAGUUCAAGCUGGCCUUGACAGAGUACGCAGCUUCAGGCAACAGAUGGCCUCAAGGAAUGAAAAAGAAGUGGAUAUUGAAGAGAUUUCAGCCCUGGAGAACAUGUUUGAAAGCUUUAACAUAAAGAUAUCAAAGCAUGGGCACAAGAAGAGUACUCAUCGUGUCAAAACCCAAAUCUGAGAUCAAUUCCAGUGAAUCUUCUGUAACCUGUUCUUGCAUGAGAAGAAAGGGGAUCAUUGACUUAAAGUCAGACACAAGCCUAGACUGAAUUUUUACUUUUUCUUUUUCUUUUUUGGUGGUCUAGAAAGGGGUAAAAACAGAAUUUUAUCAUAGCUUGGAAUUACUAAUAAGAGGGAAGCAGUUGUUAAUGUGCAAUAGCCUAAUUCAGGUUUCUAGAUUAAAGUUCAAAUGGCCCUAAAUUGAUGUAUAAUUCCAGAAUUAUUGCAAAUAUGAUUAUGUUUUAACUCG